UCUGCUCGACAAGUCGAGCAAGUCGAAGUUGCUGACUGCGGCAAAGUUUGGCGAAUCUGGAAGACAGACCGCAUCAAAUGGCAGUUUUCGGUGCUCUAUGCUCUCUCAAACCGGAUCUUCGGCUCCCAAUUCUCGAUAACCGUCUACGUUGAUGCAACAUCGCCAGAUGCCAACUCUUCAAUCGGUCCAAAUGAUCAGGUUCAGCAGUGGUCAUCUUCAAGUUGA